GAGGGAACGUCCCCGUAUUGGUUAGCUAUUCUUCUGGAGGACGUUUGCGUCGAAGCUGACAGUGGAAGGUUCUUGAGAAACAGUAUGAGUAUUCGAUGGCUUAAAACAGAGGAUCGACACUGUUAUGUCAAAGGUAUCUGUGACAAGAACUCCCCGAAGUGUAUCAUGGCCGACUCCCGCAGGAUUUUGUUUCAACGCGAACAGUUUCUAGUCCCUCUGGAGGAGAACAUUCAACUAUCACGCAUUUCUAACGGAUAUAUAUAUGAGGAAACUGGAGACGAGGAGCAAUAG